AGCACACACCAACUAGCUGUCCAGGAAACAGCCUAACCAUAGAGAGGGGAGGGAAAUAGGCGGGGAAAGGCAGUGACUCGGGUUUUCUUCUUAGGUCUUGCCGCUAAGCAGUGGGUUGCUGGGCUGUACAGCUUUUCUUUUGUAAAUUCAAGAUUUUCUUUUCUUUGAUUUCCCGCCUAAAGCCUCCAGACAGUAGGGCCGCAUUCUCUGCAAUAAAAUGAAUUCUGAUUCGAGCUCUGUCUCCAGCAGAGCUUCAUCUCCGGACAUGGAUGAGAUGUACCUGCGAGAUCACCACCACCGCCACCACCACCACCAGGAGAGCCGUCUCAACUCGGUCUCAUCCACACAGAACGACUUGGUGCAGAAAAUGCCCGGGGAAAGUCUCUCGAGGGCUGGCGCCAAGACCGCGGGUGAGAGCAGCAAGUACAAAAUCAAGAAGCAACUGUCGGAGCAGGAUCUACAGCAGUUGCGACUGAAGAUCAAUGGGCGCGAACGCAAGCGAAUGCACGACCUGAACCUCGCCAUGGACGGGCUGCGCGAGGUCAUGCCCUACGCGCACGGGCCAUCGGUGCGCAAACUCUCCAAGAUCGCCACGCUCCUGCUGGCCAGAAACUACAUCCUCAUGCUCACCAGCUCUCUGGAAGAGAUGAAGAGGUUGGUUGGCGAGAUCUACGGGGGCCACCAUUCGGCCUUCCACUGCGGGACCGUGGGCCACUCGGCCGGUCACCCAGCGCACGCCGCCAACGCCAUGCAUCCGGUGCACCCCAUUCUGGGCGGCGCGCUCUCAUCCGGCAACGCCUCCUCACCUCUGUCCGCGGCCUCGUUGCCUGCCAUCGGCGCCAUUCGGCCUCCCCACUCACUACUCAAGGCUCCUUCCACGCCUCCGGCGUUGCAACUGAGCAGCGGCUUUCAGCACUGGGCUGGUCUACCCUGUCCCUGCACCAUAUGCCAGAUGCCUCCGCCGCCGCACCUGUCCGCUCUCUCUACCGCCAACAUGGCCCGGCUGUCCGCAGAGUCCAAGGACUUGCUCAAGUGAGCAGCGGGCCCGCCCGGCUGCCAGGGAUGAGGGACUAGCUGCGGGUGGGACCGUUGGGCCGGGAUCGCAGUGGGAGGCUGGGCGUUCGGUUGGAGGGCGGGCGGGCGCAGGGCCCCUGGCCAUCACACCCUCUAGAGAUCUCACACCUUACUUGAACCCUGGAGGGAACGGACCAAAACCAAACUGCCAUUUGUAGGUGGUAGUGAAGGGGGACUCGAACCAGACGUCGUGUGUUUGCAUGCAUGCUUCUUUUCCCGUGCCAUGCCAGUAUUUCUCACUGCCAUAUGCUCUUGUCAAAACUGCAUUUGUGAUAUAAAGACUGGAUCGGUGUAGUUAAAAACUUGUGAAGGGACUUCUGAGUUGGCUCCUCUAGUUCUGUGUACGCACGUUGGAAAAAAGAUGGCCAUUCCUUUUGUCCAAGACAAGUGUAAAUAUUUCGUUGAGGUGGAUGCAACUAUGAUUGUCACUGUCCUCUCCACAGUUUUUCUAGAGACAGCGGAGAGAGCGAGAGAAAAAGAUCCAAGUUUUGAAUCUCAGCUCUGGGCCAGGGUCUGACACCUCCUGUGUGGGUUUUUCUUUCGCGCAGUGUAGGUCGAAAGAAUGCAUGCAGGCUUCUAAAUGAAUCUCAUCUAACCAUGUUGUGCAGGCCGUGGCGCCUUUUUUUUCCUUGUAACAAGGAUUUAUUAGUGAAUUCUCCCAAGUACUCCAUAUUGUCUGUCUGUGGUUGUUUAAAUCAACAAGGGGACAGGGUGCAAAGGCCCACACUCAAGCACUGGAGCCUCUCCUCCCACCCCACCCCCUUCAAACUCCAUUCCAAACCUCCCUUGGCUGUUCCAGGGGCCCCUUUGCAAACCCUUGGGCUCCUUUUAGUAGAUCGCCCCACCCCUCUUGCUCAGUUAUUCUGCAUGCGGGGUCGGCUCUCUCUGUUAUCAGCUUUGAAAAGUUAACUGGUUUGGGGAGGCGUGUGGAUUUUAUUUUCCUGAACAUUUGCUUGAAUUAUUUUGUUAGGGCCUCAAAGACAAUACUUGUCUUUAUUUUUUAUAUAUUCUUGAUAACUAUAUUUAUUAAUAACCAGUGUUUCUGGAUAAGAUUUCAAAUAAAAAAGAACCUUUAAA